AUGGACCACGCGGCGGAGGCGCAGCGGACGGACCUGAUGACGAUCACGCGGCACGCGCUGAACGAGCAGGGGCGGCACCCGGAGUCCCGGGGCGACUUCACCAUCCUCCUCUCCCACAUCGUCCUCGGCUGCAAGUUCGUCGCCUCCGCCGUCAACAAGGCCGGCCUCGCCAAGCUCAUCGGCCUCGCCGGCGAGACCAACGUCCAGGGGGAGGAGCAGAAGAAGCUGGACGUGCUCUCCAACGAGGUCUUUGUCAAGGCGCUCGUCAGCAGCGGCCGCACCUGUGUGCUCGUGUCUGAAGAGAACGAGGCGGCCAUCUUCGUGGACGCGCCCCUCCGCGGAAAGUACUGCGUGUGCUUCGACCCGUUGGACGGCUCCUCCAACAUCGACUGCGGCGUCUCCAUCGGCACGAUCUUUGGAAUCUACAUGAUCAAAGACAAGGACAACGCGACUCUGGAGGACGUGCUGCAACCCGGGACCCACAUGAUCGCCGCUGGCUACUGCAUGUACGGGAGCUCAUGCACGCUUGUGUUGAGCACUGGGAACGGUGUAAAUGGCUUCACUCUUGAUCCUUCCCUGGGAGAGUUCAUACUUACCCAUCCCAACAUAAAGAUACCAAACAAAGGGAAGAUCUACUCGGUGAACGAAGGAAAUGCCAGAAACUGGGACGCGCCUACAGCGAAGUACGUAGAGAGAUGCAAGUUUCCCCAAGACGGCUCAUCACCAAAAUCCUUGAGAUAUAUUGGAAGUAUGGUUGCUGAUGUUCAUCGCACCCUGCUCUACGGAGGCAUAUUUCUGUACCCCGCCGACAAGAAGAGCCCCAACGGGAAGCUUCGUGUUCUGUACGAGGUUUUCCCCAUGUCGUUCCUGAUGGAGCAAGCCGGAGGCCAGUCUUUCACCGGCAAACAUCGGGCCCUUGAAAUUGUUCCUUCUGAGAUACACCAGAGGUCUCCGAUAUUCCUCGGGAGCUACGAUGAUGUGGAGGAGAUUAAAUCACUGUACGCUGCGGAGUCGAGCACCGCCUGAUCUGAGUACCUGAAGACACAUACACAUGUUCCGCAUCGGGUAGCUAAAAGAAAAGGUUAUGUUCCGCGUUGUGACAAAACUCCUUAGGUAGUGUUAUGGUGAUUCUGAGAUCAUUGUCAUGGCCUCGAUGUAACAAUAUCCGUGUAUACAUAUAUUUGACA